AUGUCUGACGAGCCGGUCUCUGACGUCCACUUUUUGGACCUGUACAAGUGCUCCGAUGAUGCUUAUUCUCGCGUUGGCAUCUGGAUUCCUGUUACCGACCCAGCCCGCGCUCGCAAGUUCUACUCCGCGGUGCUUGGCUGGAAAUGCAUGGAAAACGGUGCGCCUUCCCCCAUUGAAGGCAUCAAAGAGACCUAUUUCUUCACUAAAGGAAAUAACAUCAAUGGUUGUUUCUGCUUGAUGGACAAGACCAACAUCUUGGACACGAGGGGCCCGAUGGACAAAGACCGUGUUGGCGUCCACACUGUGUUUGCUGUCAGGGAUAUCACAGAGUCUUUGGAUCUUGUGAAAGAGAACGGCGGUCAUGCACACCUUGACAAGACCGCACUGCUGUUGGAAAUUUGGUGGUCAAAUUUGCGACGCUCCGGUUGGUGA